AUGCUGGGAAAGGAAAUUUUGCCGGCACCGGCGGUGGAUACAAUUAAGCUUCUCCGCCCCGGGCCAACAAAUCGGCGUAUCGCACAAUUGGAGCGCGAAAAUGCAUUACUUCGUCAACAAGGAGGUCAAGUCCAGGAUGGGGAUGUCACCCUCGAUGAUGAACCAUCCAUGGUGUCAACUGAUGCUUCUUUUGCCAUGAGCCCAUCUCGGAGCCAAGUUGAUGUUUCACUAUCUCAGGAAGACUCUCCCUCUGUUGAUCGUCCAACUGGAUUAAGCAAUGGCUCUUCUCAUCCGGAAGCCUCCGAUAGCGACCGUCUGAAAAGCGCCGCUUCGUUAUAUCAUGGACCGACCAGCGCUGUUUACGAUGAUACUGCGAAUUCUGGAAACUCUGAAGAUACUGCGGAGUGGAAUAAAUUGCCAGUUCACGAAGGCUGGACUCGAAGCCACCUGUUUGCUGAAACAGCGAGGCAGCGACAAUUGGAAUUGUUGAACUUGUCCGCUGGAAAACUUGAUUUUGAUGGCGUGGACCCAGAAAUCGGAAUGCAUCUCUUGUCAAUCUACUGGUGCCGCCAACUCUAUACAGCACAGAUCAUUUACCGACCGGUGUUUAUGCGGGACAUGGCUUGUAACGGGCCCUAUUUUUCAAAAUUGCUACUCAAUGCCAUUCUAUUCACUGUCUCCAAGCAUUGUCCUCGACCCGAGCUUCGGUCAGACCCGGAUGACAGUACUACAGCUGGGUGGUCUUUUCGUCUGCGAUUCACGGAGCUUUUACGGGAUAGCUUUGACAAAAGCAAUAUCACUACACUCCAAGCACUCCUCAUCAUGUCCAAUUCGCUAUUCUCUAGAUGCGAUGAGCGAAGUCUAUCUUGGUUAUAUGCGGGCAAUGCAUUCAAUAUGAUCAUCGAUCUUGGACUGCAUGUACUCCCUUCCCCCAACAAGAUGUCACCGGAAGAUCUUGAGAUUCGGAAGCGGGUUGUAUGGGGCGCAUAUUCCAUUGACAAGAUCCAGUGUCUGUACCAAGGGAGGCCCCCACUUCUUCGCUACAUGAACUUCAAGGCAUCACUGAAUUUUCUGGACGAAUAUGACGAACUGGAUCCGUUUCAGGAAAUAACCUACACUCCUGUCAAGCACCAGUCGGUCAUUCCGUCAUUGAAUGUCUCCCUGUUAACGAAACUAUGCGAGUUGUCAAUCAUCAUUGAUCGCAUCCUAUGCGAACUAUAUUCAGAAUCACAGGAAAUGAGUCAAAGCCAGAGUCAGGUUAUCUCUGACGACAUCAAUUCAGAACUAGCAAGUUGGCGGCAAAACCUUCCACCACAACUCGACUACAUAUCCCAUCCUCGGGAAUCCGUCCUUCUUCCUCAGGCAUUCUGCCUCUUAGCGCUUUUCAACGUCCUCAUAAUCCUUUCGCAGCGGCCCUUGUUCACUGGAAGCUACAAUCAAUCUGACACACCAGGGGCAGCAUACGAGUCCGUGAACGUCUGCACAACAGCCGCGAACCAAAUUGUCCAGAUCCUUCGUGACUAUUCGCAGCAUUUCUCCAUCAGCAGUGCACCGUACAUGCUAUCAUACGCAACAUAUAUCAGUGCAACGAUCCACGCCAGAAUUGUGGCCCAGAAAGGCCGUAACUCAAAUUCGUUUCAGUCGCUGCUGCUUUGUCGCACCAUUCUGAAGGAGCAUCAGCGUCUAUACGCAGCGGCAGGUAAAGCCCGAGCUAAUCUCAAUAAGCUCGUUACGCAUCUCAGGAUUGAAAUCACAGAGGAUGAUGAGCAAAUAUCUGCUACUGUGGGGAGUAGUUCCGGCGCUCAGUUCAUUGUACAAGAACCUAUCACGACUUUUGGUGCAUCCAACAUUGUACCUCAGAUCAUGGAGCUACAAUCCCCGCAGUUGAACUGGGAAUUGUCAGAUUUGGAUCUUGAGGCUAUUGCCCAGGGAUUCCGUCUUGGUGGUGAACUGGAUUAUCUCAUGCGCCCGUCCGGAGUAUAG